AUGCCUCCGCUUAUCGAUUCUAGCGAUGAGGAGUCCAUGGGGGAUGCCAUUCCCUUUCACAGCAAGGAAGACAACGAGUCCCAAUCUAACGCGGACGACGAUGGAUCCCAAGCCGACGAUAAGGACGACGGAGACGAGAGUGAGGAACCAGAGGACGUUGAUGGUGCGAAAGAGGCUUUGGAUGAAUAUUUUAAAAAGAUUGGAGGACAACCGGAACAACCAGAAAAGACAACCAAGAAGAGAAAAUCAUUGGCCGAAAGGGCCGCAUCUACGCCCGAUAAACCACCAGCGAAGAGGGGUAGAAAGAAGGGGUCCGUCGAUGAUGAAUCGCAGGACGCACAGGACGCGCAGGACGCAAAGAAAGAUGGCCAAAACGACCUUCCAGACUGGGUUCCUGGAAUCGGAAAGGAUUGGGAUAAGGAACUGGAUAGUGUUAGCACGAUUAUACGCGACCCGGAGACUAAAGUGCUUUUUGCUUUCCUUGAGUGGAAAAAUGGGAAGAAAACGAAAGUGUCAUUGAAUACAUGCUAUGAACGCUGUCCUAUGAAGAUGCUCCAAUUCUACGAACAACAUCUGUAUGUCUUCUAG